AUGCUCUCCCGCGCCGCCGCUCGUACCACCACCUCGCUGGUCUCCCGCCGAGGAUUCCAUGCCACCCGGGCUCGCAUGUCCUCUCCUUACCACUACCCCGAGGGUCCCUACACCAACAUUCCCUUCAACCCUCGCAGCAAGUGGUUCGGUCCCGGCUACUGGGCCUUCAUGGCCACCGGUUUCCUCGCUCCCUUCGGCAUUGCUGUCUACCAGACCUACAAGGAGCAGUAA